AUGGAAAAUAACGGGAACUCAAUAGCACAAGGUCAAAUGGAGUUUCCACCAAGGAAAAUUAUGGAAAGUGAUGCAAUGAUGCAUGUUUGGUUAGUUCAAAUUAUUGCUUUCGCAUUUUUUGAAAAUGGUUUGGGCGAAUUUCGAAGUCGAUGCAAUAUUCUACACUACAAGCAUUGUUGUAAUCCAACUAUUUACAAUAUAUGUUUUGAUAAGUGUCAUUUUUGGGCUGCUCAGAAUUGCUUCAGUGGUAUUAAAACGCAACUUGAUUCUGUGCUUUCGAAUCCUGUGCACGCGAGAGAAGUACUUUCUGUGUUGAAGGAGUGCGGCACAUUGGAUUCAGAAUUCAUUCCAUGUAUUCAUAAAGAAACUGCGGAUCGAAUAUUUUACGACUGUUGUCAAUUAUAUAUCGAACCAGAAUGUCACGAUUUAUGUAGAUAUGAAAUAAAACAAAGUGUGGCGCAUUCAACUUUGAUGAAGAUAAUUCGAGCCAAGAAAUGUCCUAUAAAAAGUAUCUUCGCUAUUUUGUAUUGCGCAUCUCAAAAUCGCGAUAAUCGUUUAUGUUGCCGGCAGUUUGGUUUAGCUUCGCCAAAACUUAAUGUUGGCAAAAGAUGCCUUCGAAUGUGCGAUCCUUACCAAUAUGAUAUGUCACGACUGCAAGAAGAUGAUAUUUUUUGUUUAAAUUUUUGGGACAUAAUAAUGUUUUGCCAUUAUGCAGGAUUAAGAUACUGA